AUGUUUACGCUGCCAAUUCGGCCAGAGAGCCUGCUUCAAAGCGAGAUUUGGUGCAAUUCCACUCUCAGCAGAAGCACUGACACCGACCCGAACUCCACCUCCUUGACAACCUUCUCUGUGGGAAGAAAAACCUCUGAAGCCGCCUCGGAGUCUAGUUUUCAAGAACAAACAAAGGUGCUUAACCCACUUCAUCUUCUGCAGGGUUCAUUUGAUGGUGCCAAAAACCAUCAUUUCGCCACUUUUUGUGAGAGACCGCAUAAAUGUUCAUCUCCCAGCUGUCAGCAGCCAGCGGUGGCCGCGGGAACGCCAAAGGAAACAUACGUGGAAGUUCUGCUACCCCUAGCCCAUUGCUUUGACCCGACUGCAGUGAGUGCCUUUGAAAGAAUGCCUGCUGCCUCCCCGACUUCGACGAUAAGAAGCGACAGUGAUAUUAGACCGCCGAACCAGGAACCUAACAUAUUGCACAGCCCCAUCUCAGUCCUUGAUCCAAUCACGGGAAAGAGGAUUUUUGUGCCACCCUUUUCGAAACCCAAUAUGCCCUUGCCCAAGUCGGAAAUCAAAGUACAACGCCCAGACAGAACUCGAGACAUUAGUGAACAAUCCUGCAGUGAGAGCAAAGAGGAGGAGGAAUCAGAAAACGAUCGAGCGUCCUUAUAA